GUAUGUUUUGAUACGUUUUGGUUGAAUGAGUCAGUUGGCUAAGUUAAAUGGACUGAGUAGCGGGCAAUAAAAACGUGUGGUUACCAAUCAGUUGAUCAAUUUUGAUCAGAUCACCAUGACGAUGACAUUAGGUCAGCAGAUAAAAACAUGGUUUAUAUUACAUCUAUUAAUGGGUUACGUGUUCGUAGCGAGUGGUUUGAUCGUGUGUUUUCUCAUGUUGUGUGCCUGUAUUGUCUGGCCGUUUAAUAAACAUCUAUACAGAAAGAUCAUCGUACAUUUAGCGUACGCUCAUUGGUCAUUGUUUAUAUCACUAGGAGAAUGGUGGUCUGGAUCAGAAUGUCUGUUAUAUACGAGUCCUGAGGUUUUAAAGAUGGUGGGAAAGGAACAUAUUCUCGUGGUCAUGAAUCAUAAAUACGAUAUUGAUUGGUUGAUGACGUGGCUUCUAGCAGAACGAUUUGGAAUGCUUGGGAAUUGUAAGAUUUAUGGUAAAGAAAUGUUGAAAUAUGUUCCGUUGAUUGGUUGGGCCUGGUAUUUUAAUGAAAGUAUAUUUUUAAAACGAAAUUGGGAAUCUGACAAAAAGACAAUAGAAAAUGAUUUAAAGAAAUUAACAGAUUAUCCAGACGGUUAUUGGGUGACGUGUUUGUUAUUUCCUGAGGGAACACGAUUUACAGAAGAUAAACAUAAAGCUAGUUUAGAAGUGUCAAGGUCAAGAGGUUAUCCCGAUAUGAAACAUCAUCUUUUACCACGACCAAAAGGUUUCAUACUCUCGAUACAAAAUAUGAAAGGAAAAAUACCAGCAGUAUAUGAUUUAACAAUAGCGUUUCCUAGCGAUGGUCCAGAACCAACAUUAAUGAAUGUUAUACAGGGAAAAUCAGUUACAGCUCAUUUACUCGUUAGGAGAUUUGAUUUAGAUAAAGUACCUGUAGAUACGGAUGAGGAGGCAGCAGUUUGGUUACGUGAUUUAUUUCAAGAAAAAGAUGAAAUAUUUGAAAAUUUUAUGCAAAAACAGAAAUUUGAAGGUGUACCAUAUAAAAUACCAAGUCGGCCUUAUGAUCUGAUCAUUACUAUAUUCUGGUUCGUUUUAACGUGCGUUCCAUUAUUUAAAUAUCUGGGUGGAAUAUUUCUAUCAGGAACAAUAUUACAACAAGUUAUAUGUAUAUCAGUUAUAACUAUAGCGUCUGUAGGUGUUCGAUGGAUGAUAGGAGUAACAGAAAUAGCCAGGGGUUCACACUAUGGAACAGAAAACAACAAAAAUCACAAAAAGGUCAACUAAAAGGUCAACCUGCUAAUUAGCAUAAUUUAUGCAUUUAUAACUCAGGAUGUUUAACCCAAUCAGACUGGUUGUUACAGAUAGCCUGCAGGGUGUCAAUCGCCCUGCUGAGUCUGUUUUCAUAAACCACCCAUUAGACUUGCAAUCACUUAUAUCAUACAUUUUAUUAACACAACACAUUUAAAUAGAAAAAAAUUAUUAAUGCUAUGUUCCCACUGUCACGCGAUGUGUUGCGAUAGGAUUGUUCCUAUUGAGUCCACGAUCUGGUACAUGCAGAUACGUUUUUGAUAAAAUCAACACAUUUAAAUAGAAAAAAAUUACUAAUGCUGGGCUCCCUCUGUCGUGUAAUGCGUUGCGAUAGGAUUGUCCCUAUUGAGUCCACAAUUUGGUACGUGCAGAUACAUGUACAAUCAACACGAUUGCUAGGAAUGAUUGUAAUAUGUGAUAAGACCUGAUAGGAUCACCACGAUAACACCACGAUUUCAAUCGUAGCUCGAAUAAUGAUAGUGGGAACCUAGUAUGAUUUAUUAUUUCAUUUUACAAUGGUACUUAAAUUGCCUGAUAGACUACCAUCGUUGAAGCAUCGCUGAUAUAAAUUAUAUAUUAGUCUACUGGUAUAUUAUACUAGGAAUGAUUUGACGAUGUUACUUUGUCAGUAGAUUAAUUCAGUUGAGAAAUUGAUGUGUUAAAUUUAGUGCUCACAAAAAUAUUCAUAUUCAAAUAGUUUUUGCGAAUUUUUAAACAAAGAUUUGAUAUUAAACAAAUUAGUGCUAGAUACACAAGAUUAAAUGAUACCCAUGUUACAGUGCCAUGAGUGAGAUUUAGUGAUAGAGCACAAUAAAAACACAACAAAUAUUUAUAUGGAAAAUAAUCAUUUGGAUGUUUUACAUAUAGCAUGAUGAUUUGACUGCUUAUUGUCACUGCAGUCACAAUACGAUAUGUAUUGUGAUUCACCAACCUCGUGGGUUUUCUCUGUGUCUUUCUGUUUUCUCCCACUACUAAAACCCCUACGCGCAAGCAAAUUCUUGAAAUAAAAUUGAACCAUAUGGUAGUCCUGAAAUGACUUAGUUUGUGUCAAGUGGAUGUUAAACCCCAUUUCUCUCUCUUAUAUACUUGGUGAAUUUUCGCGCUAUAUGUAUAACAACCAGUUAUUGUAUUCUAUUUAAAUGUUUGUUGCGUUUUAAUUUAUACACGCAAUAUGAAUGUAUUUUGUUUUUAUUGAAUUUAUAAAACAUUAAUGUAAUGUCUUUCAACCCUGCUGAACUUACAUGACUAGACUUGAUCAUCCCUGACCCUGGAUCUCCAUUGGUCCAUAGCCUUGAGUUUUGAUUAUCCAGUCCAGCGGAUGAUUGUGGGUUGGAGGCUUUUUACAUCAACCUUAUCAUUAAUUAGAAUCUUUUUUUUAUUUAAAACACAAUUUUCAUUCAGAUCAUCCAGACAUAUUUCCCAAUAAUAAUUUCUACUUAAGCAAUUUAAUAAGUAAGUCCCUAAAUAAAGAGGGUUGGGUGGCUGAAUGGUUAGCGUGCGUGCGCUGUAUCAUAAAGUCUGUCAUUGAGUCGACUGGCGUGGUUUCAAAUCCCCGGAGUAGGGUCGCCUGUCCAACCUCAUGGGUUUUCUCCGGGUCCUCCGGUUUCCUCCCACUGCUAAAGACCCCUACGCGCAAGCGAAUUAUUGAAAUAAAAAUAAAAACCAUAUGUUAGUCCCGAAAUGACCUAGUUUGUGUCAGUGAAGGUUAAACCCUCUCUCUCUCUCUCUCUCUCUCCCAUUAAAAACCUGAUACAAAAAAAAGCAAGCCAAAUGGACUUAUAUGAAUUAGCUUCCAUGGUACAAUAUAGUAAAGGCGGGCAUUAUUAUAAAAUUUUAGUUCUCAUGCAAAUAAACAUGUAAAGGAUUGAUUUAUAUAACUAAGGACCUGGCACAAAAUCUAAUGGCCAGCGUCCAACAUCGUGGGUUUUCUCCAGGCCCUCCGGUUUCUGCCCAUUGCUAAAGAGUAAAGACAGCUACGCACAAGCAUAGUCCCACAAUGACCUAGUUUGUGUUGAGUGGACAUUAAACCCCAUUCAUCUCUCAUCUCAUUUAGUGGACAGCACAAGUUUAGUAUGUCUGGGUAUAAGAAACUAAUGUAAGACGAGGACAUGCCAAAAUAUUGUUAAUUUGUAUAUUUUUUUUUUUUGCAUCUGUUAUAUUGCUGAAUAAUUAGCUUAUUAUUGGAUAUAUUUAUGCCUGUGAUUGUUAUGGUUUUUUUGUUUUUUUUUGUUUUCUUUUUGUGUCAGAAAGUAAGUUUUCUGAUUAUUUCAUCCAAAUUUGUUAAAUAUGAAAGCCAAAAUAUACUGAUCUGGAAAUGACAAACCUGUACCAGACACCAGAGGUCUCAUGUCUGAUAAAGCUUGAAUCAUGUCUGACUUUGUCUGUGACAGGUGCCUUAGGCCUAAUAAAAAACAAAGAGAGAUGCUAAUUGUAGGCCAUAUGGAGGAGGUUCGGGAAUUUCCGGAAUCCUAAAUGGCUGCUUUAUAUAAAUGAGUAUUUUGGGGAAUACUAACCCUAACCUUAACCCUUUCAAGGAGGUAAAAGGUAAAUUGGAUCAGUCUUCUAAAAAGGGUUAGGGUAAGGGUUAGUUUUCCCCAAAUUACUCUAUCUAUAUAAAGCGUCCAUUUUGGAUUCCGGAAAUACCCUUAUUACCAGGUUAUGAAAUAUGAUAAUUUUGUUAAACAUUUUAUUUAUUAGGAUUGAAUAUUUAAACCUUAACAUGAACUUGUCAUUUAUAAUGAAACUUACAGUAUUUGUUUCAAUUUGAUUAAAACACAGAUCCUAU